AUGGUUGAAAUUUCAGAGAUAUUGCAAUCCACAUUUGAAUAAAUAAACCAAAUAUUCAAAAAGAACGAAGAAAUUAUUAAUAAUGAAAUGGCUAAUAAUAAAAGUGAGUUGAAACAGGAAAGAGAUAGAAUAUUAUACAACAACUUAGAAUUGAAGAAAGUAACUUAGGGAUGGUAUCGCUAAAGCGAUUUAAUCACUAAACAAUGA